AUGAACAGAGUUUUCCUAUUACUUGGAAUUGCAACUCUAGUCUUAUCAAAUUAGUAUGUCCCGAUUCCAAAUAAACCAUUGGGAGUCAGUAAAGGAGAUUCAAAAAAACUCAUAAUUGAAGCAUUCUUUGAUUUAUAAUGUCCAGAUAGCAGGAAUUCAUUUAGGAUCCUAGAACAGGUCUUGGCCCAAGGUUAUGGAACACAAUUCAAAUACACAAUUCAUAUGUUCCCUCUUCCUUAUCAUAGAGCAGCAUUCCCUGAAGCUUAGGCAUUUGCCUUUUUAUCCGAAAUCGAUGCAGAAGCAGCCUACUUAUUCGCUAAAAUCAUAUUUGACAAUUAAGAAACCCUUGCAGAAUCAGCCACGUUGGAAUGGACUUGGUAAUAAAUACUAAACAAGGUGGCUGAUCUGGCCAAAGAGCAUGUGUAUCCAAAAUAUUAGUAUGAUGAAGUCAAAUUCGCCAAAUCACUCCUACCAGGCACUGAUUGGAAUUUGAAGGCAAGAUAUUGGUGGAAAUAUGGUACUUAUAGAACAGUUUCUGGAGCUCCCAUUUUCAUAGCUAAUGGAGUUAUAUUGAAUGGAGCAGAGAACUAUGAAGCUGAAGAAUGGAUCGAUUUUAUUAAUCGUAAGAAUCCUAAAACUUAGGAAUUAUGA